AUGGCUCGUCUUAAUUCUGUUCGGAUUCUUCUCUCUGUUGCCGUUAAUCAGUCUUGGCCUUUAUAUCAACUUGAAUCAAGAAUGUCUUUCUUCAUGGUGGAUGACAUCAUCAUUUCAGGGAGUGACUCCAAUGGUAUUGCUGAUUUGAAGCAGUAUUUGCAACAACAAUUUCACACCAGAGACUUGGGCCAUCUUCGAUAUUUUCUUGGGAUUGAAGUUGUCCGUUCUUCUCAGGGCUUGUUUCUUUCUCAACGGAAGUAUGUUCUUGAUCUUCUUACUGAGACUGGUCUCUUAGGCACUCGCCCCAGUGAUACUCCCAUGGAUUCUAGUGUUAAGCCUGCUGGUGACACCGACGACUUAUUUACCGAUAUUGGUCAUUAUCAUCGGUUGGUUGGGAAGUUAAUAUAUCUCACUGUCACCCAUCCCGAUAUUACCUAUGUCGUGGGUGUGGUUACUCAAUUUAUGCAUGCUCCCCGUCAACCCUAUUUUGUGGCUAUGUGUCGUAUCCUGCAAUACUUAAAGCGUGCUCCAGGUCGGGGUUUGUUCUAUCGCCCAUCUUCCUCUUUGUCUGUUACUGGCUUCAGUGAUGCUGAUUGGGCUGGUAAUCAGACUGAUCGUCGUUCCACCUCGGGUUAUUGUACCUUUGUUGGUGGUAAUCUUGUUACUUGGCAUAGCAAGAAACAGACUAUUGUUGUUCGUUCUAGUGCUGUGGCUGAGUAUCGUGCCAUGGCCCAUACUGCUUCUGAGAUACUUUGGGUUCAGUCUCUUCUCCAAGAUUUUGGCUUUUCUGUUCCCACUCCUAUGACCAUGUCUUGUGACAAUCAGGCUGCUAUCUUCAUUGCCAAUAAUCCUGUGUUUCAUGAACGCACCAAACACAUUGAAGUUGAUUGCCAUUUUAUUCAUGAUCUCUUACUCCGCAAGCAACUUGUGACUCCUUAUGUUCAUUCUGAGGAUCAAUUGGGUGAUAUUCUAACCAAGCCUUUGGCCCGGCCUUCGUUUCAUCGUUUAUCCGUCAAACUGGACAUGUUCGACCUCUAUGCUCCAGCUUGA